GCAUUUUGGUAAGAAGAGAAGCUGCAAAAAAAUAUUAGUCUAGAGGAAUCUUUUAAACGAGAAAGAGACCAACUUCCAGAGAGAGAGUGAUUAUAACUACUACUAGUUCACCAAGAAACCUGCAGUUCAAAUUGGGGUUACUCUUAAAGUAGACAUUUUUUCCAGUUGAAGGACAUGAAAAUUCUGCUGGACUGGUGCGGGAUGGGAGUUACUGGGGAGUACUUGGGAUAAAGGUUUAAGGUCUGCUGGUAAAAUAGUUGAGAGUGGUGGAAAAAGCACAAGAAAUGAGGUCUUUGGCCUUGACUCCGACGUGGUCUGUUGCUACUGUGUUGACGAUCUUUGUUGCCAUUUCUUUUCUCGUGGAACGAUCAAUCCACCGACUAAGCUCUUGGUUGCAGAAAACUAACCGAAAACCCUUGCUUGCAGCAGUGGAGAAAAUGAAAGAAGAGUUGAUGCUGCUUGGGUUUAUUUCUCUCCUUUUAACGGCUUCCUCAAGCAUGAUAUCCAAUAUCUGCAUCCGGUCGAAGUUCUAUGAUAGCAAGUUUGCUCCAUGCACCAUAUCAGUGCUUAAAAGGAAGUCAUCCCAGCACCGUAAUCUCUUGAUGGUUUCUGUUCUACCUCACUCGUUUAGGAGGAUGUUGAGUGACUUGAAUGAAAAAAAUACCUGCAGUAAGGAUCACGAGCCAUUUGUGUCGUAUCAAGGUCUUGAGCAGUUGCACCGGUUCAUAUUUGUCAUGGCAAUAACUCACAUAUCUUACAGCUGCUUAACGAUGUUGCUGGCAAUUGUGAAGGUUGUACAUUCUGUGAUUCAUAGUUGGAGGGUAUGGGAGAUUGAGGCUCACAUGGACCGGCACGGUUCAUUAACUGAAAUCACUAGAGAGCAGACACUGCAAAGGCAAUCAGCAUUUGUCAAGUUUCACGCAUCAAAUCCUUUGGUCAGGAAUAGUUUCCUUGUCUGGGUGACAUGUUUCUUCCGGCAAUUUGGACAUUCGGUGGUUCGUGCUGAUUACCUUACACUCCGCGAGGGCUUCAUCAUGAACCAUAAUCUCAAACAAAAAUAUGAUUUUCACGGCUAUAUGGUUCGCUCAAUGGAAGAAGAAUUUCAAAUGAUAGUUGGUGUGAGCGGUCCACUUUGGGGAUUCGUUGUUGCUUUCAUGCUGUUUGAUGUAAACGGGUCUAAUCUCUAUUUCUGGAUAGCAAUCAUUCCUAUUGCUCUUGUUCUUCUGGUGGGCACAAAGCUGCAGCAUGUUAUUGCAACCUUGGCAUUAGAGAAUGCAGGUAUAACUGGAUUCUUCACAGGAGCAAAGCUAAGGCCUCGAGAUGAUCUUUUCUGGUUUAAGAAGCCGGAACUAUUGUUAUCCUUGAUCCAUUUUAUUCUGUUCCAGAAUGCAUUUGAAUUGGCUUCAUUCUUUUGGUUCUGGUGGCAAUUUGGGUAUAAUUCUUGCUUUAUUGGGAAUCAUUUGCUCGUGUAUAUAAGGCUGGCUUUGGGGUUUGCUGGACAGUUUUUGUGCAGCUACAGCACCUUGCCUCUGUAUGCACUGGUUACUCAGAUGGGAACAAACUAUAAGGCAGCGUUAAUUCCUCAAGGGAUAAGAGAGACUGUCCACGUAUGGAGAAACAAAGCAAGGAGGAGAAGGCUUGGUAUUUUCACCGAUAACUCCACAGUACACACGGAUACAAGCAUGGCAAUGUCAAUCGAGGAAGAUCACGAGUUGCUUGACGAUGCCCUUGAAACCACCACUGGUGCAUUCACUGAGAUCGAGAUGCAACCAACUCCUGCAAGUGCAACCAACCUCUCUACAGUUGCUAAUGAAACCUCAAGCAGAGUGGGUGCACCCCUCCUUCAAUCCUCUGCUUCAGUUUCUUCGUCGGUUACAUUGUCUUCCAGGACAGAAGGUAUUCCAAGAUCUUAUUCUCUGCCAACCCGAAGAUAAUGAAGCAAUUAUCAAUGACCGAUGAAGAAAAGAGAAGCAAACAAUAUCAUGUGUGAGUUUAGGCUUUAUUUGGAUUUCAGAUGUGUAGAUCCUUCCCUAUAGUAAUCUUCCUCCCAUAGUAGAAGCUCAUAGAACAUUGCAAGAUAUAAGCUGUAUCAUAGUGGAUGUCAACAUACAAGAUUUUGAUUUAACAAA